GGAUAUUGAAGCUGAAGAGGACAUCCAUAACUAUAGUGGAAUACUUUCUACAAGCCAUGCAUAACAAGAAUAAUUGAUCAACCAAAGAUCAGGACCACAGAUGAGGACCAGGACAGAAGAUCAGGACUGAGGAUCACGACCAGAACAGAGGAUCAGGACCAUGACAGAUGAUUAGGACCAAGGAUUAGGACCAGGACAGAGGAUCAGGAUGAGGACAAGUGAUCAUAACCAGGGAUCAGGAUCAGGACUGAGGACCAGGACAGAGGAUCAGGACCAGAAUGGAGGAUCAGGACCAGAACGGAGGAUCAGGACCAUGACCGAGGAUCAGGACCACGACAGAUGAUUAGAACCAGGACUAAGGAUCAGGAUGGGGAUCAGGACAAGGACAGAUGAUCAGGACCAGGACAAAGGAUCAGGACCAGGACAGAUGAUCAAAACCAGGAUCAAGGAUCAGGACAAGGACAGAUGAUCAGAACUAGGACCAAGGACCAGGACGGAGGAUCAGGACCAGGGCAAAGGAUCAGGGCCAGGACACUUAGACUAUCAGGACCGAGGAUCAUAGAUCAUGACACAAAACAAGAAUCAAGGAUCAGAACCCUGAAUCAGUAUCAAGGAUCAAACAGGACCAAGCCAAGUGCCACAGAAUGCAGAGGAGAUUGCUCAGAGAGACAAGCUAACAGAAGAUCGGCAAGAUGCCCAACAAGGUCCAGCUUUAAUAGGGAAACCGCCCACCUCAGCCGGACCAGAGAAGCACUAGAUGGGAUUCAGCAACCCCUCUGUCAAUUGGAAGAUGCCUAGCUGCCUCAAGAGCAACGUUGAGCAAACAUGCCAAGAAGAGCACCAGCUGGAUUAUAGUUUCUAUUGAUUUGUAUUCAUGAAGAAGUUCAUCCUUAUGAUCAGUUGAUUUAAUAGUAAAAGCAGAAAUAUUAGAGAAAAAUAUUGGUGAAUGUUUGAUGAGCAUUCAUCAAAGAAUAAGAAGAUUUUGAUUCGCAAUUUCAUAUGCGAGCAGCUCCACCAUAAAUUCCAUAAAUUUCAAUUUCUUUACUGGAACAUGAUGAAGAAAAAUAUAUAUUUUUUUAUUAAAGAAUUGGGUAUGAAAUGAUGUGCCUGAUGAUAUAUCCACCCCACAAAACCACUUUCAAAUUUUGAGAAAAAUUGCAUUCUCGAGAAUUUAUAUAUAAAAUGACAUGGAGAAGUUGCUCAUCUGUGACUCAAUUAUUCUUUUACGGAUUUUCAUCAAACCUUCACCAACAUUUUUCUCUAUUUUUUCUGCUUUUAUUAAGCCAACUUAUCAUGAGGGUGAACUUCCUCUUUAUAUAGGAUACCCCCUCAACAUUUUUUUUGAUAAAUCUGCCAUGUAAUUUUUUUUUUGCUGAGCCCCGCCUGCUGACUUUUUACUUUUGAGUCUUGUUCAACUUUUACGACCAAAUUUGCAAUGACCAAGAACGUGGUUGCAAAAUUAUGUUAAAUUGUGUAAGUGCAUAUCUUACGUGCACAUCCAAAAUGUUCCAUAGGUUUGAAACUGUGUACCUAAAGAGGCUUUCACAAUUGGUCAUGCGAUAGUUUGCGAUCAUUUGCUUACAAUACAUGUUGCACACAAUCGCAACAGUUGUAAGCAGUCGCACCACCAGUUGUGAAAGGGGCUUAAGGGCUGCGAGUUUGAUCUCAAAAGUUGUGCGAAAUUAAUUACAAGAAAAACUUAAUGAAACGUUGCAGUGCGAGCUUUUCACAUUUUAGAUUUAUCAAAAAAAGUUGAGGGGGGGCCUUAAUAAGCUCCUCUUCCUCCUUCCUGGUGUUAUAGUGUUAAGAUAGAUGCCUGCAUACCAAAUACAAUCAUGGUCCAGGGCCAGUAGUACAGUGCAAUAUAAAGUGAGAUGAAUUGUUUUGCGUAUGCUGUUCAAAAGAAAUUGUUCACACCAGACAUUCACUAAAAAUUCUGGUUAGAAAAGAGUUAUUUUUCACUCGUUCCGGAACAGGCUGUAUUUGGUAUGUAUGGUUGAUUGCAUAUAAUGGUCAGUUUGUGCAUUUCAUGAUACACAUGCGCAAGUCGUGCCCCAGUUUGGACAUAGCCCUUACAAGUCAAUCGUGUGACAUUUGUCUGCCAAAGUGUACCCAACGCCAUCCUAUACUCAUAGUCAG